CUGCGAGCAGAGGGGCGGCUGGAGAACACAGUGUCCGCAUUGUGGCCAUGUCUGCGUCCGCAGGGAAGCGUGGCCCCGCGAUUCUGCGCUCUGAGGCGAGACCGGGCCGGACCCUCGUGCCCCUCCAAGAGCCCAGCAGAGGGCUGUGACCAGCACUUUCUGUGCGUCCUGCACCCCCCCCUCAGCCCCCCACUGGAGAAACAGGAGCAGGAGGAUGGCUGCUGAGGUGCAGAGGAAGAGAAGCAGUGAAUGCCCGGAUGGUACUUUGGCGCCUUCUGAUGGGCACACUGUGGAGAGAGCCGAGAGCCCCACGCCAGGACUGGCCCAGGGGAUGGAGCCAGGUGCGGGGCAAGAGGGUGCCAUGUUCGUCCACGCCCGGUCCUAUGAGGACUUGACUGAGUCUGAGGCCAGCGAGAUGUCCGGGGAAAGCCCCCAGGAAGGUGCUGGAAGUGCCCCACCACUGCCUGCAGACAUGCGCCAGAUCAGCCAGGACUUCAGUGAGCUGAGCACCCAGCUAACGGGUGUGGCCCGUGACCUGCAGGAGGAGAUGCUGCCGGGCAGCUCUGAGGACUGGUCAGAGCCCCCGGGGGCAACCGGGCGACCAGCCACAGAGCCCUCAAGGGAGGGCACGACGGAGGGGGAUGAGGAGGAUGCCACUGAAGCCUGGCGCCUGCACCAGAAGCAUGUCUUCGUGCUCAGUGAGGCCGGGAAACCCGUGUACUCCCGCUACGGGUCGGAGGAGGCGCUCUCCAGCACCAUGGGCGUCAUGGUGGCCCUGGUGUCCUUCCUGGAGGCGGACAAGAACGCCAUACGCUCCAUCCAUGCAGACGGCUACAAGGUGGUGUUCGUACGCCGGAGCCCCCUGGUGCUGGUGGCGGUGGCGCGCACGCGGCAGUCCGCGCAGGAGUUGGCGCAGGAGCUGCUCUACAUCUACUACCAGAUCCUGAGCCUUCUAACGGGCGCGCAGCUGAGCCACAUCUUCCAGCAGAAGCAGAACUACGACCUGCGCCGCCUGCUCUCGGGCUCGGAGCGGAUCACCGACAACCUGUUACAGCUCAUGGCCCGCGACCCCAGCUUCCUGAUGGGCGCGGCGCGCUGCCUGCCCCUGGCCGCCGCCGUGCGCGACGUGGUGAGCGCCAGCCUGCAGCAGGCGCGGGCGCGCAGCCUCGUCUUCUCCAUCCUGCUGGCGCGCAACCAGCUGGUGGCGCUCGUGCGCCGGAAGGACCAGUUCCUGCACCCCAUCGAUCUGCACCUGCUCUUCAACCUCAUCAGUUCGUCCUCGUCCUUCCGCGAGGGCGAGGCCUGGACGCCCGUGUGCCUGCCCAAAUUCAACGCCGCCGGCUUCUUCCACGUCCACAUCUCGUACUUGGAGCCCGAUACUGACCUCUGCCUGCUGCUGGUUUCCACCGAUCGGGAGGACUUCUUUGCCGUCUCGGACUGCCGGCGCCGCUUCCAGGAGCGUCUGCGCAAGCGUGGAGCCCACCUGGCCCUGCGCGAGGCCUUGCGAACGCCUUACUACAGCGUGGCCCAAGUGGGCAUCCCAGACCUGCGCCACUUCCUCUACAAAUCUAAGAGCUCAGGACUGUUCACCAGCCCUGAAAUUGAGGCUCCAUACACGAGUGAGGAAGAGCAGGAGCGGCUGUUGGGCCUCUACCAGUACUUGCACAGCCGUGCCCACAAUGCCUCGCGCCCCCUCAAGACCAUCUACUACACGGGGCCUAAUGAGAACCUCCUGGCCUGGGUGACAGGUGCCUUUGAGCUCUACAUGUGCUACAGCCCCCUGGGGACCAAGGCCUCUGCCGUGAACGCCAUCCAUAAGCUGAUGCGCUGGAUCCGCAAAGAGGAAGACCGCCUCUUCAUCCUCACGCCCCUCACCUACUGAUGGGAAUGUGUGCAGGCUCCGCCUUCCCUGGUUUGCUUGGGGCCGGGGGUGGGGGAGCCUUGGAAGCCUCCAGGUGUGGCUAGCCUUCCCCAGCCAGCAGUCAGGGACUGCUAUGGGCUGGUAUGUGCAUUAAAAUGCUUUGGGGAAGACA